CGGUCGGUGUGUGUGUGUGUGUGUGUGUGUGUGUGUGUGUGUGUAAGCAUGGCGGUGGAGAUGAGGCUUCCAGCGCUGCACAAACAUGUUUCUCUCACAACAUCACAGUCUCACCGGGACGACAAACACCUGGUGGUUCCCGGAGAUGUGAUCACAUCUGACACGGGCUUCAUGAGGGGUCACGGCACGUACAUGGAUGAAGAUCGGCUCACGGCGUCAGUGGCUGGACAGGUCGAGCGGGUCAAUAAACUCAUCUGUGUGAAGCCGCUGAAGACCAGGUAUAACGGUGAGGUCGGUGAUGUGGUUGUGGGGAGAAUCACUGAGGUGCAGCAGAAACGAUGGAAAGUCGAGACAAAUUCGCGUCUAGAUUCAGUGUUGCUGCUGUCGUCGGUCAAUCUGCCCGGAGGAGAGCUGAGACGGCGGUCGACGCAGGAUGAGCUGGCCAUGAGGGAUUAUCUUCAGGAAGGAGAUCUCAUCAGCGCCGAGGUUCAGUCGAUCUUCUCGGACGGCGCGCUCUCUCUGCACACACGCAGCUUAAAGUACGGCAAGCUGGGUCAGGGAGUGCUGGUGCUCGUCUCCCCGUCGCUGGUGAAGAGGCAGAAGACGCACUUCCACAACCUGCCCUGCGGCGCGUCCGUGAUCCUGGGGAACAACGGGUACGUGUGGCUCUAUCCCACGCCGGAGACGCAGGACGAGGAGGCCGGCGGCUUCUACACCAGCAUGGAGCCGGUGUCGGUGUCGGAUCGGGAGGUGAUCUCGCGGCUCAGGAACUGCCUGUUGGCUCUCGCCGCUCAUAAGGUCUUGCUGUACGACACCAGCGUGCUUUACUGCUACGAAGCGGCUCUCCCACACAAGAUUAAAGACAUCCUGAAGCCGGAGACCAUGGAGGAGAUCGUUCUGGAGACGCGGCAGCGCCUGCUCGAGCACGAGGGAUGAAACA